GUUCCGCGUCGCCGGAACAUGGGAAUGCACCUUGCGGUUCUAGUGACUUUCUCGAAAGAAAGCUACGAGGUUAGCAAUAGCAAACCUUUGGAAAAUCGAUUAAAUCCGGGUAUAUGGUAGAAACUCAACUAACUCGACUAGUUUCAUGUUGUUGCGUGAUCGUUGCCGUUCGCUAUAUAGUUUUGGCCGAUGGCGGCUGUCAACUGGUGUAUCUCCGUCUUUCGUGGAAUUCGUUCUCAUCAGUUUUCCAAUCAUCUCGAAAAUUUCCACUCACAAGUAGUUACCACGCAUCUGCGUUAAAUUGAUUUUCCUAUGAGUCUGUGAAAUUAUCAUUUACAACAUUUGUAUGACAUCGGGCAAAGAAACAAUGGGAUUUAUAUGAUACAGCCUACAUUAUUGUAAUCCCAAAUUGUAACAUUAUUAAAUUUUCAUUGCAUUAAUUUUAAGCGAACAACCAAUUUUCACGUGUAAAGCACACGUGUUUCAUAUUGAUCCUAAGACAAAAAGAUCUUGGGUAUCAGCAUCUACAGCAGCAGUAUCUAUUUCAUUUUUUUAUGAUUCAACAAGGAAUCUAUAUAGAAUAAUUUCUGUUGAAGGAUCAAAGGCAGUAAUAAAUAGUACUAUUACUCCAAACAUGACCUUCACAAAAACAUCACAAAAGUUUGGACAAUGGUCAGAUGUUAGAGCUAAUACUAUAUAUGGUCUUGGCUUUUCAUCUGAAGUAGAAUUAGGAAAGUUCAUAGAGAAGUUUCAGGAAGUGAAGGAAGCCACUAAAUUAGCUAGUGCUAAAUUACAAUCAAACAGCUCAUCCGUUACUCCUGCUACUAGUGCAAAUGUUAGCCCAAUUACAUCAAGAUCUGGUAUGCCAUCAUCGGAACAAGAUCUUAUAGAUCCGCCAAAUUCGUCGAUGAUUAAUUCCAAUGUAUCAGCAUCGAAUAAUCCCAAUCCAAAUGCCAACAUGAUCUCUACUCAAAACAGUGUGUCUUUGGUAAGCAGCAGUCCCUUACCUGGUAGUUGUCAGAAUAAAGUGGAUGAUGAAUUGAAAAAUGCAGUCCAUUCAAGAUCACAGAGUGUUUCUCAGCAGAGUACAGAAAGUCCACAACAUCAAGGGAAAUCAUCGCAACUUAGUUCGACGCAAGGUGGACAAUCGGCUGAAAUGCAGCUUAAAUAUGAGAACGAUAGGCUGAAACUUGCAUUAGCACAAAGUUCGGCGAAUGCUAAAAAGUGGGAGGUUGAACUAACUACUUUGAAAACAAAUAAUGCCAGAUUAACAAGUGCAUUACAAGAAUCCACAGCUAAUGUUGAUGAAUGGAAAAGACAGUUACAAUUAUAUAAAGAAGACAACGCAAGGAUCAAAACCAAGUAUGCAGAUCUAGAAGCUGGAAAAAUAGCAGAAGGCAAUAGUGAAGCAUUAAGGUUGAGAGUUGAAGCAUUAGAAAGUGAACUUAGAACAAAAAAUGAAGAAAUCAAAGCUCUUACUAUAGCUACAAAAAAUAAAGAUUUUAUAGCCUUGCAGAAAGAAAACGCAGAACUUCGUGAAAUGUUAAGGGUUGUUCAUGAACAAUUAGAACUUGCAUUAAGCGCAAAUAAAGUCCAAAAACAAAAUUUGGAUACAUUGAAUGCCAGAUUAGCUGGAUAUAUACAAGAUUUGGUAACUGUACAUCGAGAAAUUACAAACACAUUGCAAUCUUAAGUUCACAUGUAGUGAUGUCUAAGAAUAUUUGUCAUGGGAGUUUUGUAUUUAUGAUAUAAGCGAAGUAAACAAAUGGACGGUGUAGAUUAAUACAAUGGGAAAGGUUCCAAAAAAAACAUGCAUAGUAAAAAAAAAUCUUAAAAAAUAAAUUAAGAACACUAUCUUUAAAUGAUAAAGAUAGAUUGCAUCUCUUUAACAUCUAUUUUAUGUUAAUGAUAACAUUUGAUAUUUUUUCUUCAUGUAUCAUUGUAUGUUUCUCUUUUCGUGCCAUAUUCAUAUUCUUAUUGUAUAUAAAAAUGUGUUCUUUUCUAAUAUCAUUUUACAUAUUGUGUUUUCAUAAUUUGUAUACUUGUGCACAUAAAAAAGAAUUUUGUAUGUCGAUAUAAAUGUAGAAAAUACUUUUCUAUUUCUGCACAGACAAAAACGUAUUGUAAAUUUACGUAUGAAUCUAUCAUAUUGUAUUAUGAAAAUAAUUUCAUAAUUAUUUUUACAGAUUAUUUAAUUAAAAUUUAUAGUAUUCUUUAUACAAAUUGUUACGAUCAAAUUUGAUUAAUUGUGCAAAUCAGAUUUAUAUAUACAUAUAUAACUUGUUCUUUCUGACAAUUGUGUUUAGAUGUUCGAGAAAUAAAUUAUAGUUGCAAUUAUGCUGCAAUCAUCAUUAUUAAUGCUAUUUCACUGAUUACUGUCGAUCUUUAGCUCAUUGCUAAUCUCUACAACUCUUACUAUAGUAUUAUAGCUAUUAUUAUGAUUAUUAAUGCUAUUAUAACUACCUCCACUACUAUUGCUGCACUACUAAUUGCUGUUAUUAUUACUCAUAGUAUCAUCAUUAGUGCUACUUCUAAUGUUAUUACUGUUAUUGUCAAUCAACUUGUCAUUAUAUGCCUACAAAGGACUUUUAUGAUAUUUAAAAACAUAAAACAUAUCAAAAAUGUCACAAGAUUUGGUGUGAUACAUGUUUGUCUAUGUUUUUUGGAACUUAGCCCCUUGGAGAUAACAAUAAAAUUCAGUUACCCAUGAACACAAAUAAAAAAGCUGCACAAGUAACAUUAGUAACGUUUAGCGAUACUCAAUUAUGUAGUAUAACUAUUUAAUUCAGCUGUACAUUGUAUCCAUAUUGUUCUAGCACAUAUUAUUUGCCUUUAUCAAUAGUAUAAAAAUAUGUAAAAUUGAAGAGUCUGGCAUGAGCUGUACAGAAUCAUUGAUAUCUAAUAUAAUAUAGUAUAACAUGAAAAAUAUAGAACUCAUUUACAAUGGGUAACUUAGUGGUUUGAACAUGAUCUAAUAUAUCAACGAUGAGAAAAUGAUGUUUUUGAAAUAUUUUGUUAAUUUUCUUAUAAAAACUAUCAAUUUAUUGUUAAAAAAAUUAAUUCAAUUUUUGUAAUAUAAAUGAUUUAUUAUUUAAAUUUUACAAAUAAUCUAUAGCAAUCAAGCCAGAUAUUCUUCAAUAUGUUGUAUUUGAAUAGCAUAGAUUCAUUAGGAAACAAAAUUUGCCCAAGGAUGCUGAUCGAUUGUCUUAAAGAGGUCAAAGUGAUACUUCAUGUAACAAUAAUUUCUAGUAGUAAAUGAAGUGCAAAAUACUAAACAAAGCACUUUUUAUUGUAUUGACAGUAUGUAUGUAUGUACGUAAAAUGUUAUGGAAAUGAAUUUUAAAUUUGAGGAAUUGGAAACAAAAGCCUCGCUUGCCACAUGUGUAAUCCUAAUAAAACAUUUUCAGAUGGUU